AUGGCUAUAAAUUCAUCACAGUACACACAUACAACAGCGCCGAUUUUAGAAGCCUGGUUGAUUAAAGCUCUUCGUCUUGUCCAUUCAAAAAAGCCUUCAGAUCGUGAUAAAUUACGUAAAUUGUAUAGAGAAGCUUGUGAGAAUGAAGCACAAGUUGCACAUAUGACUAUUGCUGAAGCUUUACGUGAACACCGAGAAGCUGUUAGUGUAUCAUCAUCAAGUGAACAGACUGAGCGUGAUACCUCUGGUGUAAUUCAUCCUACUCAACGUUCGCGUAUUAUCUCGUCAGUGAAUGAAUUAAAUGUUCCGACGCCCUCAAGUGGUUCUACAACAACAACAACAACAACAGCAAGCACUGUUGCUACUGCUUGUGUCAUUGAUUCGACUAAUUCAACACCAACACCUACCACUCCUAUCAAUGCAACAACGCAUCAUCCAAACUGUGAUCAAGUUUUAAACUCAGUCAAUAAUCCUCCUUCUCCUUCUCCGACAUCAUCAGUCAUUUUGAAUACUCCUAUUACGACUACUGGUACUAAUGCUGCUACUGGCAGUAUUCCUUCUUCAAUUCAAAGUACAAAUCGUACAGCAGUGAAACGUAAUAAAGUGGCAUUUUUCAAUAUCUUUGAUAUUGCCUCAUCAACAGCCAGUAAUAAUAAUAAUAAUAACAAUAGUAGUACUUCAACAUCGACAACUUCAAAGAAUAUUACUAUACAACGAUGCUUAAGUCAAUUGGAUAAUUUAAUUAAUAAUACUGAAUCAGCUGAUUCCGGUACAACAAUUCAACCAAGUAAUAGUGGUAGUUGUAACAUUUCAUCACAUACAUCAGUGGGUACAGGUAGCAUCAAUAGUAGUACUAGUGGAGUGCCAACAAUUGAUUCACCGAUCAAGAAUUUGAAUUCAUCCAUCCCUUUUAUAGAUUUGACAAAUGAUUCACCGACGAAAUUAUCCCCAUCUACCGCCGCCACGACUGUUACUACUACUAGCACCACUGAUACUGCUGUGGCUACGAAUACUACCCCAAAUACUACCACUACUAUUACUUUACCUUCACUUGAUGACAGCUCUUCAAAAGAUAAAUUGUCCAGCGUGAAAAUCGCUCCCUCCGGAUACUUUUCUACAAUUCAAACCUCAGUACCAACGCCAACUCCUGCUGUUACUACUGAUCCUAAUAAUCUGCUGAAUGCAGAUAAGGACAAUAUCACUUUGAGUCGAAGUAGUAAUAAUAAUAAUAACAAUAAUAAUGCACGUCUAUUGGCUGCAAGUUUAGUCGCUGAUUUAGUCUGUCGUAUCUGUGGACGUUUAUCUCAACAACCACAAUUAGAACCAGAUAAACGAACAAUGAAUGCUAAUGUUCUAGUUGAAUGUAUUCAAUGCGGUUCACUGUAUCAUCAAUUAUGUCAUCAACCAAUGAUUUUAAUGUCAACAUCAAAACAACAUUGGUUAUGUAUGCAUUGUUGUAGGCCUACUACGGAUUCUGUAUCGAUUUCCACCUCUGUAAUCGAUAUGACACCAUCAUCAUCAUCCAAUUCUACAGAGUCUACUACUACAGUCGUUUCAUCAAAGUUGAUUCGUUCGCAUAGUAUUGUGUCGUCGUCAGAUGUAACAAUUAUUUCAGCAAAUAUUUCAACAUCUGGUUCUCCUUCUUCUUCUUCGCCUUCCACUGAUUCAACACAUCAUCAAUCUUUAAUUGUGCCUAAUCCUGUCCAGUUGUCUUUGGAUUCUUCGUCUCUGUCGACUACAUCAACUGCUUUUGUUUCUUCUUCUUCUUUUUCUCCUACAAAUCCUCCGACUACAGUUACAGUCGGUGCACGUAAACGUAAACCUGCAUUCACUAGUCCAUUGUCUGGCAUUCCACGUAAAUUAAAAGAUGAACAUGCAUGACAUUUAGCCAUUGUUGUUUUUAAUUCUAUGUUUUUUGUCUUUCAGUUGGUUGGCUUGCUUAAAUCACUAGGCGGCUACCACCGACCUAAAUGUAUUGUGUUUACCCCUCCCCCUCCCCCGCUGCCCCGUCCCGCCCAUUUCAAGUUGUUUUAAUUAUACCGGUUUAUGUUUAAGAAUUGAAAAGUGUGCUGGAAGCAUAUUUUCUAAUAUAUAUAUAUAUAU